AUGAGUCGUAAUUUUGGAUUUUUUGAAAAACUGGGUUUAAAAGGACCAAAACCUGUGAUUAUAUUUGGCAACCAUUUGGACCAACUCUUUGCUUCCAAACCCGAUCUCGAAGUCCAGAGAAUGAGAAAAUAUGGCAAAAUUUAUGGUAUAUUCGAAGGCAGUCGACCGAUAAUACAAGUGGCGGAUCCGGCGGUAAUUAAACAAAUAAUGAUGACAGAGUUCACCGAGUUCAACUCAAAGUAUCCGGUAACUCAAGGCGGCCAUUGGCUACUGAGCCAAUUCAUUGUGACCCAAACGGGCGACCGGUGGCGCCGUACGCGCGCAGCCAUUGGGCCCGCGUUCACUGCUAAACAGGCGCGAUCGCAGUCUAAUAAAAUAGCCGCGUGUGUCGACAAUUAUCUGGUGCCCCAAUUGCGUGCGCACGCGCAGAGUUCGGCGCCCGCCGAUGUCAGGCGCGUGUUCGGCCAGUUUGCGCUCAGCACAGCCUCGCUGUGCGUUUUAGGCGAACCCAUUGACCCCUAUAACGAUGUCGACCACCCGUUCGUACGCCACUCGUGGCCACUGAUGCGAGCGCCCACUUGGAUGUUAUACGCGCUGCAACUGUUGCCCAAUCGGUUGUUGAGCGCCGUUGGCCUCCAGUCC